AUGUCGUCGCUGGUGAAGGAGGACUUAGAGAAAAAACUGUUUAAGCCUCUAGCGCAGAAUCUCUGCGAGUUUAUUGAGAUCGAGUUCUCGGUCCAGGACAGGUAUUACCUCUGUGUGUCAGUGACCAAAACUGACGAAGUAAAAAUAAUCAUGGUGAAACACUACAGAGUAGGUCUAGAUGAAAAGUACGAAGUAACAAAGAAGUGGUCUUUGGAUGAUCUGCAGAUGAUUGACGGAAAAGAAGCCGAUACCGACAAUCCGUUUUUUGAUCUGCACUUCAAGAAAGUGUACAGCUUGGAGGCCUACAGUUGUGCCUCUAAGUACUCCUUUGCUCGAACAGUGAACAGGCUGAACCAUGUGUAUCUUAAGAAGGACUUACACAUCGUGAACUUUGAUUCGACUUACAUUAAUGAUGACUCCAUUUGGUCCUCCAACAACAAGGACUGCCUGGUCCUCAUGAGAAUAUGCUUUUAUGCUUUCAAUCUUGUGUGCUUGUCCCUGUGUCCCCUGCCACUUUGA